AUGAUACCACUGAGAAAUGAUGAUGACAGCGAAGAAGAAGAAACCCUAAUAGGAUAUAUGGAGAAAAGAGAUCGAAUAUCUGGAAUUAAUGAUCAAAUUUCUACAAUGAGGAAACUUUAAAAAGGUUUGGACUUCAGUAAAAUAGAUGAAAAAGUACAAAAUAAGGUUGUGCAAUAAGAUAAAUUGCCAACUGUAAAGAAGAAUCAAUUGAAGACCCGAACUAAUUUGAAAUUUGAUUUUGAUCCAGAUGAAUCUGAUUCUGAACUACCAACAAUUAUUAGAGUGGGUAAACCUUAAAUCUCGAAUAAAGACUACCUCAAAUUAUUCAAUACUAAAAAUUAACCUCAUAAUGAUAGAGAAAGAGCAAAUAGUAUAUCUGAAAAUCUUGUGAUGCCAUUAGAUCCUGAGUUCUAUUAAAAUCCAUUAUUCAAUAAGCAAAAAAAGUUAGAGAAAAAUCUAAACUUACAUCUCAAUGAUCUUUUCUCAAUAUCAUAAAUAGAAGAAUUAAAAGUUUUAAAUAGAAAUUAAUAAGCAGAAUAUGAUGACCAGAUAUUCGAAAAUAACUUGAAAUAGCUAGUUUUAGAUCAGAAAGUACAUUAAAAUAAAAUAAAUUAAUAUAUUUCAAAAUAUUCAGAGUUAGAUUCCCCCUAUGCUCAACAGUUUGAUAUCUAAGAUUUAAAUCCAGAAUAUCCUUACGAUUCUAUAAACAUAAAUCAAAUUAAAUACUAACGCUCUUUAUCGAAAUUUCAAAUGAGGCUAUUUCAAAUUAUUGAGAACAAAAAAAAGAGAUAGCAAGAGUAAGACCUAGAUUUUAAAAUAUUAGAUACAAACCCAUACAAUCAGACAUUGCCAGAAAAUGCAUCAAAUCUAACAAGAGAAGUCUUAAUAAGUCCCUAAAUUAAACUUAAAAAGCUUUUUUGCGAAAAAGUUAAGGAAUUAGAUUUGUUUUAAAAAGAUAAAAUACUUGAUCAAUAUGAUUCUAACACUUUGAGCAAUUUAAGGAGGAAGGGUGAAUCUGUCUAUAGAAUUCAUCUCCGAGAGAAAAUCAAGGAAAAUAACUACAAGUUAAUCGACUAGAACAUUGAAAAUGCAGUUAAAAUUCCUAAGGAAAUAAAAUAGAGGAUUAAAAAAAAAUUUAACAUCAAAGAAAAAGAGCUUGAACCUUUCUUCAAAGAAGAAUAAGUGAUUAGUUAGAAAUUUUCUACAGUAAAAGUAAAUCUAAAACCAGAUCAAUAUCUUUCAGUAAUGGAUCUUAAUAAGAUCUAAUACUAGAAAGAGUUGAAAUGUGCAGAGAAUAAUUUAGAAUGA